AUGUUGAGGGAAGACGUUUUCCGCUCACAUCUACUUGCGUUUGUGGAGAAAUGUCUUGACAAUCUCCGGGUAGCUGGAGAACACGAUCUAUUUCUGGCUACUGGCAUAGCUCAAGUCCUAUGUAUCCUUGUAGAGUUAGCUAGGCCUCCACAAUUAUUGGGUGUAUUGCCCCUCCUCCACCAAGCGCUUCUGGAAACAAGCAAAUUACCUUACAUUUCAGCUAGUAUCAACCUACGAAAACUUAGGGCCAAGCUGGCUGGAAGAGUGGCUUUGGUCAUACCAGUUAGCCCGCAGGGCUCGUCCGACAACGAAGAUGAGCAAGUACCGGAAUCUGUUGAAAUGAUCGUCCAAGAUUUAUUGGAUUGCCUUCAAGAUAAAGAUACAGUUGUGCGUUGGUCGGGAGCAAAGUAUCUAGCAAAAAUCGGGAGACGACUCCCAGAGGCCUUUUCGAUCCAGAUAUGUGACGCUAUCCUAGAGUUGUUUAGCCUAAAAACCGUUGAAGAACAAAAGGGCGGGAUCGAUCUGUUGUCGGUGAACGAUUACACCUGGCAAGGUGCUUGCUUGGCUUGCGCAGAAUUUCUUCGUCAAAAAUGUUUUCCGGUCUCGCGUCUUGAAAGUUUGAUUGAAUGGGUUGUUCGAGCUUUGCAUUUCGAGCAACGCAAGGGAGUCCAAAGCAUAGGCUCAGGCGUCCGAGAUGCUGCAGCUUUCGUCUUGUGGUCUUUUGGUAGAGCCUUUUCCUCAGCUGAAGUAGAGCCUUUCGCCAAUCAAAUAGCUAUACAACUGGUUCUGCAAUCGUUGUUUGAUCGAGAAGUGCACGUUCGGAGGGCUGGCAGUGCAGCCUUUCAAGAAAACGUCGGAAGACUUGGAAUAUUUCCUCAUGGAAUCGAUGUUCUUCAGCGGGCAGAUUUCUUUACGGUCGGACUUCGAAGAUCAUCCUUUUUGAAAGCGGCUCCCGAGGUUGCAAGGUUCGAAGAGUACCGGGAGGCCAUUUUGAAUCAUUUACUCGAAGUAUGUGUUUGCCAUUGGGAUGGUGGCGUGCGCGAACUGGCUUCUCAAUCGAUCUGCCAGAUAGCUCGAGGCGCCUUCAAUCAAAUCCCUUCGGCUUUAUUGGAUAGGCUUGAAUUAGGUUUAAGAUCCAAAGAUAUCAAUCAAGUACAUGGCUCUAUACUCACCUUGGGUGAGUUAGCCAAAGUUGUCCAAUCCGAUAAAACGGAGAACGCUACUAUCAAAUUACUUGAAAAGAUCUUUCAGUUAGUCACUGGCGUCCUGGAUUCCAACUUGAAACCUCGCCAAUUAGAGGUCUUAUUGGUAGCAAUCUGCCAAGCUCUUGCCAACACUUUACCCGAUUGCCCACGACUUUGUGAAAAUUUUAUCAAAAGUCCUGCUUGGAUGCAGCUUGUGGAUAUUGGUCUGAAGCGCUCUGAUGACAACUUACAUUGCUCGCUGCAAAGCGUGUUACAUCAAGUCUCUCUUCGUGGUGUCGGGGUACAGCAAAUACAAGGAAAAGGUAGGACUCCUGUGAUGUGA